GAUUUCCCAAUUAUCUAGUCUCUUUUAAAAGAGAGGUAGGUUUAACAUAAGAAGUGAAAAUGGUAAGUGUAUUUCCAAAAGCGAAGGUGAGAAAAUGAUUAACAAUAACAAUGUUAUUUUAGGAAAAGAGCAUGUUGCUACCUCAAUAAACUUGUGGUUUAUUUCUUUAUAAUAAAUACUGUUCAUUACUUUGUUCUCAGGUUUUUCUGGAGGAAAGGGCUGGUUAAAGUUACAUAUUGGCAUUUACAACAUUAAAAGUGGAUAUUCUAUUCUUGUUUCUAAUACCUCAUCUGAUGCCUUUAAAAAUUUAUUGAGCACCUACUAUCUGUACUAUUUGAGCACCUGCUAUCUAUACUGUAUAACAGCAGGCUUAUGAAUUGAAAAAUAUUCUGUGUAGGGAAGUGUUAGGUAUUGUGAUGUCAUAGAGUCUAUCCCCAUAAUAAAAGACUGCACAUCAGCAGUACUCUUCCCUUGGUGUUAGUCUCAGAUAAUUAUGUGUACACAAUUCCAGGCACAUAUUUUUAAGAGAAAUGAAUAGAAAUAACCCAUUUUGAGGAAGCCAUGGCAAAAUCAAUUACCAAACACAGAGUUUGUUCUCGGGAAUCUUCAGUAUCUUCUCUGUUAGCCAGCUGCAGCCUGAGUGGUAGUAAUUCCUCUAACUCUGAUGGCUCUUUUCAGUAUAAAGAUAAACUAUAUAGUUCUGCCUCUCAGGCUCUACAGGCCUAUAUUGAUGAUUUUGAUUUAAGCCAAAUGUAUCCUCGUGCAAGCACUGGAAAGAUUAACAAUGAUAGAUGUUCUGCUAAUAUGCCAGAAUUCUCCAACUAUGUUUAUAAACCAAACAAUGCUUUUGACAAUGUUGAUCACAAAAAAAGCUCCUUGUCCUUUUCCUGUAGAAGAAAGACUGUUAAUGAUAUAGACUCCAUUAGCCUAACAACUGAUGAUCUAUUAAAACUUCCAGCAGAUGGAUCAUUUUCUUUUGCUUAUGUUGGAUCAAAUCAUCGAAUUAGCAAGAAAAAGAAGAAAUGCAUUGGAAAACUGAGUUCAUCGGAUACUGAAAAGAAUAAAAAUUUUCAGGAACCCUCUGCUCUCCUGUGCAAGAAUAACUUAGUUACUCCUGUUCUAUACACAAAUAUAAAUGGAAAGCAAUGUGGUAGGCUAAAAAACCCAAAACUUGUGAAGAAGACUAAUAAAUGCGCUUCUGAACCAUCUUUACUUUUUUCUAAGAAAUUGUCUUUUGAGGACAGUUCAGAACACAAUCUUGAAAAAAAUUACCCAAGAUGGCUCACUAGCCAGAAAUCUGAUCUUAAUGUUUCAGGGAUAACUAGUAUACCUGAUUUCACCUACCCGGUAUGGCUCCACCAUCAAGACUUACUACCUGAUACAAAUAGUCAAAGGAUAUAUGAAAUAUUUAAAGAAGAUCAGUGUUCCCCUAGACAUAGUUACCAGGCACAAAGAACUUCUCGGCUUACAAAUAAAUUAGAUUGUUUUGAAUAUUCUUUUGAGCCCUCAAACACUUCAGAUUCCUUGAGGGAUGACAAAGGAUUAAUUAACGGAUGUAAAUGUGAUUCUCAAUGUAGCCAGUGUCAAUGUGAGAAUCCAGUUCUCCCAGGACAAACCAAAAAGCCAUUCAGUGGUGACAAAAUUGAAUUGCUUAUCCUGAAGGCCAAGAGAAAUCUAGAGCAUUGUGCUGAUGAGUCACCGAAGUCCAUGAAAAAGGAUGAUAGUCCUUGUUCAUUAGAUAAACUUGAAGCAGAAAGAUCAUGGGAAAAUAUCCCUGUUACUUUCAAAUCUCCUGUGCCUGUUAACUCUGAUGAUAGUCCUCAGCAGACUUCAAGGGCAAAGUGUACUAACGAGUUCCUCGAUGAUUUUUUAAAUAAUGAUAAUAAGAGCUGUACCCUUUCUGGAGGGAAACAUCAUGGUCCUGUUGAAGCCCUGAAACAAAUGUUGUUUAAUCUUCAAGCAGUACAAGAAAGUUUUAAUCAGAAUAAAACAGCAGAUCUGAAAGAAGAAAUUAAGCAAGUUUCAGAAGACAAUUUCUCUCAAUUACAAUUGAAGGAAAGUAUGGUUCCUAUUACUAGGUCUCUUCAAAAGGCUUUGCACCAUUUAUCUCGCCUGAGAGACCUGGUUGAUGAUACCAGUGGGAAACAGUCACCGAAAAUGUGAAGAGGAAAAUAAAACAUUCCAACCAAUAAAUAGUCACCACAGAACAAAAAUGUAUUUUUUCCUAUUGUUUAAAGUGACAAAGAAAUUAUAAGUCAUACAUUAUUCUGUGUUUGGUUCAAGUAUUAUGUUUUUUUUUUUUUUAAACAAACUUGAAAAUGUGCAUAGAUUUUGUGACCUAUUCUCAUUUUAUGCCAAAAUGCCAGAAUGAACUUGAAGGAUCCACGCUGUGUCCUACAGUCUGAUUUUGGUUUUCAGGCCAGCAAAUGUCCUCUAUUCAAAGAUUUCUGUUCUUGAAACUUACAUGGACUUAAUCUUACUGAGCAUCCUCAUCAUUUUAUCAUCGGUUUCUGGAUUAUUAAGAAACUCUUCUUGGUUUCUAUCCAAAAUCACUUAAGUAGACUUUUUGAUAAAAUCAACGUCUACUUUUAAGUAGCUUAAAGUGGGGGGCGCCUGGGUGGCUCAGUUGGUUUAAGCGUCCGAACUUCAGC